GUCAGCUCAGUGCAAGAACCUCAGUGCUGAGCUGCAAAUGCAUGAGGGAGCCAAAGAGCAGAUAUUAGACACCACCAUAGAAGCAAAAGACCAAGCACUUUGAAAGGGUCUGACUGACGAGGAACCCGGCUGAAGACACACCACAGGAGGUGAGCUCACUUCUGAAGAUCAACAAAACGGGCAGCAGAAAAAAAGAGUAGAAAAUAAGUGUAACAGGCCUGAACUGCCAGCCUCAUGGCCACCAACAACACUGCUAGCAUUGCUCAGGCUCGCAAACUGGUGGAGCAGCUCAAGAUGGAGGCCAAUAUUGACAGGAUAAAGGUCUCCAAAGCAGCAGCAGAUCUGACGUCGUACUGCGAAGCCCAUGCCAAGGAGGAUCCCCUGCUGUCGCCCGUGCCUGCGUCCGAAAACCCCUUCAGGGAGAAGAAGUUCUUUUGUGCCAUCCUGUAACCCGCGCUGCCAGCCAUGGACUCACCUGCUCCCUCUGGGAAACACUCACGGACAUAAAAACACGUUGAUUUUUUACAAGGGCUGGAGAGAUGAGCAGGAGAGAAGCCUUCAGUUCUCCAUUCGAGCCACUGACUCCACCUAGUGGCCUUGAGAUUUAAAGAUGGUUACGAGAGUGUUGAAAUUCAGGAGGGAGCGCUAAAACCACGAGUGACUGUCAUUGUAGCAGAUCAGACAGGAUGUGUUGUGAAAAUUAAUUCAAGUAUUCAAAGGUUUCUGUGGUUCUGAUAAGGUCUUCAGAUGUUUUCUUUAUUCAUUUUUGUUUUUAAGUGGGCUGUGGUCGUUAAUCUGAUCACUGAUCUUAGAACCCACGUGGAUUAUUACUGAAGUUGUUGUGUUAUUUCUUUUUAAUCUUUUUUUUUUUUUUUUCCAGAUGAAUUUGCUAUAUUGCCUACCAUUUAGGUAGCUUUCUGUAGCCGUUUGUGGGUACAGCAAUUGUUUGUUUGUUUUUUUUUUAUUUAAAGAAUGACAGUUUGGUGAACUUUUCUAAUGAAUUCACGCUUGGACAAAUAUUCUUAAAAUGAAAUACCUUUUAGACGCUGAUGAAAAUUAUCUGUCUGUACAGCAAACAGAUCUUUCUUUUAUCGGUCUUAAGCAUAUAGUUCUCUUUUUACUCUUUGUACAAAAAUGUUAGCAAGUUCAGCUGUGUUGUGCUCUGUUUUCAAUAUUUGUGGUGAUGUCAAUAAUAACUGCAUGAAGCCUGCAUUAAAUCUGUUUGUUUAAAUGCACCAAAAUA